CGAAGAACGAAGAACGACAGGCAACCAUCACCUUUGCCUCGCUGCGCCGAACUAUCUUCUUGGCUUCCCAGCCGAUUUUUUGCGCCACAUGUCACUCUCUUUGCAGCUGUACGUUGGCGCAGUUGAUCGCAUAGCCAGUUGUUCGGCCUAACGUGCAUGCGGGCCGCCGCCGCCGCCGGAAACAGCCAGCGGCCUGGCUCUCACACGCUUGCGUCAGGUAUUGGUCGCGCGCUGCCGUUGUAUGCUUCUGCAGGUACAGCUGCCUAGCUAGGAGACGGACGACGGAGAUAGGGCGACAGCAGCAGCAAUCACAUAAGCGAAAAGCGGACACAGACUCACACAAAGCGGAUGCAACAGAAGGACGGCGGCGAUGAGGAUACAGCGUGACGGACUUCCCACAAUGGGCAGUGACACAGGAAUAAACACGACAACGCCCUCAUUGUCAGGUCUACUCGCGCUGUUUCUGAAGGAUGGCAAAUACACGGCGGGAGACUGGUCAUCGCUGAUUGGUAUCGUAACGGCGAUCUGCGGCAACGUACUCAUCUCGUUUGCGCUGAAUACUCAGCGGUAUGCACACAUAAAGCUAGGUGAGCAGCAGCGACGGCGACAGAAGCUCCUAGCGCGAGCACGCAGACGGACGGCUGGCCAACGGCGCAGCUGCGACGAGGGGUACGGGACGUCCAGUCUAGCAGCAGCGGCCAUGACCACGGGCAAGGAACGCCGACAUCAAGUUAGCCCGAAUGGUAUUGGCGUCGAAGCAGACGUAGGCGCCGUGGCGACGGACAGGUUGGAUGACGAGGAGGAAGACGAGGAACCGACAGAGGACCAGCCGCUGUUAAGUGCGAGCAUGCACUCGGAAACGACGGAGGCGAGUGGGACGGUCGACGGUGACGACGAGGGAGAAGGAGAAGAUGCCAUUGCUACGGGUGAGGCGCGCAAGUCGUACCUCAAAUCGCCGUAUUGGUGGGCCGGCAUUGUCAUGAUGACACUUGGGGAGGCGGGCAACUUCCUGGCGUACGGCUUCGCCCCGGCGUCGAUCGUGUCACCACUGGGUGUUGUGGCGCUCAUCUCCAACUGCGUCGUGGCGCCUUUCUUCCUCAAGGAGCCCUUCCGCAAACGCGACUUGCUCGGCGUGCUAAUUGCUGUCGCCGGCGCCGUCACUGUUGUGCUCAGCGCAAACGACAGCAAUCCUAAGCUGGGGCCGAAGGAGAUAUGGAGCCUUAUCAGCACGUGGGAGUUCGAGACGUACCUCGGCGUCACCAUUGCCGUCAUCUGUGUGCUUAUGUGGGCCAGCUCCAAGUACGGCGAGAAGAGCAUCUUUAUCGACCUUGGCCUCGUCGGCUUGUUCGGUGGCUACACUGCCCUUUCAACAAAGGGCGUCGCGUCCAUGCUCUCCUAUACGGUGUUCAAGGCGCUGACGUUUCCGAUCACAUAUGUGCUCGUAGCAGUGUUGGUCUUCACAGCCGUGAUGCAGAUCAAGUACGUCAACCGAGCGUUGAAACGGUUCGAUGCAACACAGGUCAUCCCCACUCAGUUUGUGCUCUUCACACUAUCCGUCAUCGUCGGUAGCGCAGUCCUGUAUCGUGACUUUGAAAAGGAGUCCGCGGCAAAUGCGGGCAAGUUCAUUGGCGGAUGCGCUAUGACCUUUCUGGGUGUGUACUUGAUCACAAGCGCAAGAACCAAAGAUGAGGAUGAGGACGAGGUGCUUGAGGAGGAUGAAGAAGCCAUUCGGCUUGCCUCGGAGGGAGUUUAUCACGAUGAUCCGGAACAGAGUGUCCUCAAUCAGCCAAGUGCUAGGCGUAGCUCGACCGGCCAUCUCGCACACGCAAUUCCAGUGAACGGGCACAGAUCCAGCACGCCGCUUAAUGGUUCGUACCGAGACGAAAAUGCGCCUCCUCAAAUCACGAGGACGAGCACUUCACAAAGCGUGUCGAUCGUUGACGUCGACACGUCGCAGCCCGCAUCCUUUGAGGAGACAUCGCCGGUCACGCAAAAUCCGUGGAUUCUGCCGGAAGACCAGCAGAGCGACGCCAAGAGGACAAUGCAGAGACUUCUGCGCCCCCUGGAAAACAUCCUGCCCCGGUCUGAUCGCGACAACGCACUGCCGAAGACGCUCAAGGCCACCACUUCGGAACCCAUCCUACCUAGUGAGGCCGAAGCGCAGCCCGAUCGGCCGCGCACGCCACCAAACGCUUCGCAAGACCAAGUACUAAUGCAGCCACACACCCCGGAGGGUUCGAAUCUGCUGGCAAGACACUCGAUAUCAGACUUCAUACCCGGGCCUUUCACCUCCACGCUGUCUUCGCCGUUGUCAGCCAUCGUAGCUGACUCGCUGCGCCGCGGCGUCGACGUCAAGAGCCUGAAGCCACGCCGCCGCCGCCGUCUGCCCAACAUGCCCCGGCCAGGAGGCAGCCUGCAGCACAGAACAAAUUCCGACCCUGAAGCGUCGCCGCGCUUAAAUCUGGAAGGCUCGUCGGACGGGGUGCCGCAGCAGGAUGAAGCCGUCAGCAGUCACGAUCUCGGACGCAAAAGCAGGAUACGCAGCCUGAGCAACACAUUUGGUGAGCUGUUCAGGUCCAAGAAGCGCGCCAAGACGGAAGGCGUUGACGACGUCGAAGAGGGCCACGCGGGUUGGGGCCCGCUUGCGGACACGGAGAGGGACUCGUGAACCGACAGGAGAUGCACGGUCUUUGUUCUUUCUGUUUUUUUUUGUCCCCAACUCCUCUUUUGAGGGGGGAUUCGGUCUAGCAAGGUUUAAUUUGGCACAACGAGCGGCCAAGAGGAGUACUCUUGUUGGUGCAUUUGAAUCAUCGAUCCAUCCAUUUUCAUGUAUCGGCAUAGAACGUCAAGGUGCAUUGCGGUGGCGUUAUUUUCCUUUUUUUUUCUUUUUACCAGACCUCAAGUGAGAGGUCCAUAGCAUGUGCUGGAUCGCACGGAAUCUGGCCAAUAAUGUUCUUCUCGCAUUAUCCUUCUUGUUUCCCCCCUCCCUUCUCGUCUUCCGCUUGCCCGCUUUGGCUUCGUUGCAAAGCCGAUACCCUCCAUGUAUACAGAUUGUAAUACGAAAUGCUUUCUUCUG